AUGUAUGACCUGGUGUUUCCAGGAAUGUCGAGUUCCUUCGACCAGGAUCACGUUGGUUUCCUGAUUCAGACAGAUACCCCCAACACAUUCCGAAUGUGCCUCUUCAUUUUCGAGCUCACCCUGCUCACUCUCAGCUACAUUAACUUUGCGCUCCUAUUUAUUGUCAUCGUCAAAAUUCGGACCUUCCAUGUGAACCUGCGGAUCGUCUGCUUCUCCAAUAUUUUGCUGUUUAUUUUGGAAAUUACUUUGCGAAUUCUCAUUGUCAUCCAAACCAUUCGAUAUGGGGAAAUUUUCACUGACCACGUGAUGGCGCAAUUGUAUGUAUACCGCAAUUGGAUGAUGGUGGGCUGCAAUUUGGCCCAUCUGGGAGUGAUUAUUGAACGGACGAUGGCAACGUUCUAUCCGGACUAUCAAAGCAGCCGAUUCUUUUGGGGAGUUUUGAUAUCACUUUUGCAGGUGAGAACCAAACAUCGUAAAUAACCCCCCUCUUAGCUGGAGAUAGACGAUUUGUAGUCGGGAAAAUAAGGGGUUUUGGGUGCAAAUACAUAUUAUUUGUAGGUGAUGGGAUGAGCAAAGUCUACACAUUCCCUACAAAAGCAAAUUAAGAACAAAAUUUUUUGUAACCAAGAACUAAACCCGUGACCGACGGACUAAACUUGGUCUUUUUAAUGAAGUCUUAUGUCUAUGUACUUUGGACAAAAUUUGCAAGAAUUUGCAAGGGAAGUACCCCGUGUGUGACGCUCAAUUUUUCUUUAGAUUAGCACACUCUUUGGGCAUGAAUUAAAUAUCAACUCCUGAAAGUUUUAGCUCGCACUUUGCAAUCGCCGCCGAGAUAUUGAACCAUCUUUGCCGCCGAGAGAGUACGCUAAACGCGGAGAGCGGUCAGAGAGAAAAACGCUUUUUGGCCAUAACUUUGCUAGUUUUGUGCGGAAAAAUUUGAUUUUUUGUGGAAACGUUACCCUCUAUGGUACAAAUAGGCAUGAUACUUUUCGUUCCAAAAUUUGGCAAAAAGUCUCAAAUUUUCGCCGACUUUCGAUCUAAAAAUCUCGGUUAUUUCUGCAAAGCGCGAGCUAGGAUUCUCGCAUAUAUUUUAGAAAAAAUUGUUCUAAACUUGUGCCAACUUUCAUCAAAAUCUGAGCGUCGCAGUUGGGGAACUUCCUCUGCCAGACAGAAGUUAACUUUGGGCUAGCAGGGGAAGUGCCUCAUGUGCCACGCUCAGAUCUCAAUGAAACUUGGCGCAAAUUUAGAGAAUUUUUUUACGAAGCAUCUGCGAGACUCCUAGCCCGCACUUUGAAGAAACGAACGAGAUUUUUAGGUCAAACGUUGUAAAAAAUGUGACAAUUUUUUACAAAUUUUGGCGUGAAACUUUUCGUGGCUUUUCAACCAGAGAAAAUAAUUUCUCUGGUAGAGCUUUUUUAUAAUAAUUUUUUUUUUAAAUAAACUACGGCAAAAAGUGUUUUUAUGGCCUAGUUCUUUCGUAUAAUUCCCGCUCUUGACUGGAUUAAAAAACUAAUUUUUUGAAUCACCUUUUACAAGAAAAUUUGAGUCGUUCAUCUAAAGAAGUUCCUUAUUAGGACGGAUUUUAAAAAAAUAUCCCUAAACAAUUCUCCUUGUGAAAAUCAUACAUAUUAAAAUUUUGACUUUCAGUGGGGCAUCGGCUACCUUCUCAAUUGGCUGGACAGCGACGGUAAGUGGACUUUUUUCCCCUUAUUUCUCAUUCAAUUUUUUUUGCAAUAAGUGAUUCGCCAAAAUAAUUGCGUUUUGCAAGAAAAAUAAUGCUACUUGGUCUCUAAAUUGAAUCCAUGUCGAAAUUUUUGACAUGAAUUACGCCAAAAGCAAUUAUCUUCGCUAAUAGCUACAAUUGGCUUUGCUAAUCGAGUCUUUGCAAAGCAACUUUGGUCGGGAACCAAUAAUUAAACAUGUAUAUAAUUGAUGAUCAUUGGAGAAUAUUCAAAAGCUUUCUUUGUCAUUUAACAGUGCACCCUGAACACCUGUUGCAAAGGCUAACGAAUUUUUAAUCUUUUCAACUAAUUUAUACAGGGUGUCCAGAGAAAUUCCGCGGAAAGUGUUUGCCGAUUUCUCGGCGCUUAGGCAAGAUAUCCAAAAAAUUCUUUUCGCAUUAGAAAGAAGACUAUGGGCGGUUUUUUGUCUGAAAAAGUUUUUUUGUCCGCCGACGCGGAACCUACUGUGUUCGGCGGAGACUUUUGGUAGCUUUUUUUGGUCAUCACACCAAUCUUAAAAGCUUCAGUACGAUUUCUGAUGGUUAAAAAGAGAAUGUUAUCUUAUUUUUAUAUUUACCAAACGUUCGGCAAUGGAAUGGGAGCUUUCCGUAUCGGCGGAGGCCACAACUCAGUUUUGGAUAGGAGAUGCCCCAAACAUUACGUGGCUAGCAUUCUUUGCUGAUCCCAUAUGCUCUCCAAAAUUUCGUCGCCAAGCCUUGGCAACAGCUUAGCCAUCAGUAAACGACUUGGUGUACCAGAAAACAACAAAAUAUUUUUUGUUUGAACUUGUCUUUGCCCCGCUGUUUCAAACCUCCGCACGAUACGGUCGGACUUUUUCGCUGUUGACGCAACUACACAAUGCGGUGCAGUCGCUAAAUGCGAUUGCGUAGCAUUGUCGUCGGUCCCCUGAUUCUUUGUGGAAAAAAGUUGAAGGCUCCCCGAUAGUUUCAGGAUCAUAGUAAAGCGCUCAAGAUUGGUGUGAUGACCAAAAAAGCUACCAAAAGUCUCCGCCGAAUACAGUAUGUUCCGCGUCGGCGGACAAAAAAUCUUUUUUAGACAAAAAACCGCCCGUAGUCUUCUUUCUAAUGCAAAAAGAUUUUUUUGGAUAUCUUGCCUAGGCGCCGAGAAAUCGUCAAACACUUUCCGCGGAAUUUCUCUGGACGCCCUGUACAUUCAGAUUAGGCUUUUCGACUGCGGCAUUUAAAAAAAGAUGUGAUAAUUAGGAGACAAAUUCGACGACCUUUUAUGGCGAUGAAAAAUUUAGUAUGCAGAGAGGGAGGGUGAAAGAGAAAGCAACGUUUUUCCAUGGAAUGCAUUACGAUGAACCACGAUUUUUUUAAAUCUCUUGUCAUCGUUGAAUCCUAGAGAAUUUGGGCUUAUGUUUUGUAGAAAAAACCGAAAUUUUUACACCAAAAUUUUGUCAAGAAUUGACACUUCUUUUGCAAGUUUAUCCAUCAAAAAUUUCAGGCUGAUUUCUACAAAUACAAGAAAUAUUUUUGUAGAAAAUCAAUUUUUUUCUCCGCCGGAAUGGGAGAGGCAUGCGCAAAGAACGUUUUUUAUCUUACCGCUCUCCAAAAUUCGCACACUCUCUCGGCGAACGAGAUGGUUAAAAAUCUUGGUUGAAGCUGCAUCCUUCCAGCUAAAAUUUUUAAGAACCCUAGGCAGAACUUGUCUGCAAAAAUUAAAGAAAAUUUGAGCUCCGAACUUGAGAAACUUUUGUUGUAAAAAAUCAUGAGAAGUGACUUUUUGUAUGUGGGAUAUGACACUUAUUUUAGAGCAAAUAAUGCUAUAAAUUCAAGUAAACUUUCCUCCAACCAAAGCCAAGAGUCGCAGACCUCAUCCAGCAAAAAAAAUGUGCCAUUUUGCAUCCGAGAAGUAUCAAAAAAAUGUGGUAAAAUACCUCCCUCUCCAAGUGAAAGGCACCCCGAUUUCAAAAGGGCUCCCGCCUUUUUGUGAGGGCCCUUCAAAACGAAGUUUUUUCACUUGGAGAGGGAAGCAUUUUGCCAUAUUUUUGAUACUUCCCGGAUGCAAAAUGGUACAUUUCUGCCACUGGAUCAUUUCCGUCAUUGCAUGUUCUUUUAAAAUUUUAAACUUUCGUCUUUUCAGGGCCAGCAGUAUUCAAAAUAAUUGUUCCAGUGUUAGCCAUCAUACUUCCUGGAAUUGUAAGUCCUUCGAUUGUCUUCUACAGUAGAGAACCGUUUUUUGUCCAAUUGCAAAAAACGUACCAUUUCGCAUCCGGGAAGUAUCGAAAAUGCUUCAAAAUACCUCCUUCUCCAUAUGAAAAAACUUCAUUUUAAAGAAGGCGCCCUUUCCCUCACAAAAAGAGCUUUUGAAAUCGGAGUCUUUGACUUGUAAAUGGAGGUAUUUUGCCACGUUUUUGAUACUUCCGGAAUGCAAAAUGGUAUACUUUUUGUCAGUGGAUCAGGUCCGCCACUGUAUUUCAUUUAUUUACUACAAUUUGCAGGGUCUAUUUGUUGUGAAACGAGUGAACACCCGCCACUACCUCAACAAAGGCGAGCUGUCGUUGGCGGAGAAGUACCAGAUCACGGAGAAUGUGCGGACCCUCAAAACCUUCGAAUAUGUAAUCUACAUUUGUGCCUACUGCAACAUCACGACCUCACUUCUCAUGGUAGUCAUCAUUAUUUGGCUGCAGCGGCCGGAGACUUUGUACACUUUUCGGGUUGUCUCCAACUUUUAUGACCUCAUCUGCGCGUCGUAUGCGUUUCUGUUCCCAUGGUUCUUGUUGCGCAAUCAUGCGGACGCGUGGAAAAUCACACGGUAAGUGGGAGGAAACGUUCAUAAUACUUAUGUUUAUGUAAGCUUGUGUAGGUUGCACGUAGCAAAAUAGAGAUGUAGAAUAGUAGUUUACGGCUGGAAAACCAUAAAAACACUUUUUGUCAGGCAUAAACUACGUUGAUGAGUAGCGAGGGAACGGUCCCAACGAUUCGUGGGAACCAUCAAUAAGACCCUGAUACGCCAAAAGUGCAUGUAGAAUUUGGUGGAAAACAGUUUUUACAAGGAGAAUGAUCCAAGUGCGACCCUCAGAUUUUGGGGUCGGGAAAAUAAUGAGCAUAAUAUCGCAUCAAAAGCCGCAUCGCCGCCGAGAAAGAAAAUGUUGUCGUGACAAAAUUAAAUUGCUUUUCACUUUAGCAACGCAAUCGGUGACGCCAGAUUGUGCUUAUUAUUUUCCCGACAGACUGACAGAACAUCAAAAAUCCUCCUCUUCCCAGCGACCCUCUAACUUGUGACGAAUUAUAUAGAUUAUUUCCCCGACAGACUGAAAAAACAUGGCUCAAAUUUGGACAAAAUUUUUAAGACAUGAGCAAGGUUCACGCUUUGCAGAGAGAACUGAGAUUUUUAGUCCGAAAGUUGGCUAUAAUAGUUCAACAAGUUCUUGUGGGUCGUUGUUGUGGGUUUGCUGGUGAGAAUAUUGCAGUUUUUUCCCUUCGGUGAGAGCGAUGUUUUAGCAAAGAAAAACUUUUUCUCCGCAAAAUUGGAGACAUUGUCAAAACGCUUUUUUUAUGACCGCUCUACGAUGUUUGCAUGGUUUCUAAGAUCGUUGAAUAUUUCGCUGAAAAUCCCGCUAAUUGUAGGAGUAUGAGAUAAAACUUUAAAACGUUUUUGCGAGUUUAUUCAUCAAAAAUUUCAGCCUUAUUUCUACUGCGGAAAACAACAUUUUUCCAGGAAAUCAAUUUUUUUUCCUCCAGGAAUAGGAGAGCCCAAGAACUUUUUUCUCUUGCCGCUCUCCAAAAUUUGCACAUUCUCUUGGCGAAAGAAAGGAUUAAAAAUCACGGUUGUGCUGCAAUACGCCGGCUAAAAUUUUUAAGAACCCUAGGCAGAAUUUGUCUGCAAGAUUUAAAGAAAAUUUGGGAACUGAACUUGAGGCACUUCCCAUGAAAAAUUCAUGAGAAUGGGACGGAAUUUUCGUAUGUUAGACAUAACCAGAGACUGCCGGGGCUGAAAUUUUGGGUCCAAAAUGAAUGCGAUAAAGUUUUAAAAAGUCCGAAAAGGAUUUCCAGACAUAACUAAAUAUCAUUGUCUAGGCCGUCUACAAACAAUUUCCAUUCGUUUUUCAGUUCCUUAUUUGGCCACCGCGAAGAUUCUCGGACUCAAGUGGAGCAAGUCAAUGUUCUCGGCGAGACCAUCGUGAAACGCUACGACAACGCCGAGUACUUCGAGAAAUUGUACGAUACUUGGGAUGCCAAGAUGAAAAGAUGA